AUGGACCCAAAUACCGUCAACUCGAAGACCAUAUCUCCCAUAACUGAAGAUGGGUCAAUGGACAGACGUGGAAAGCCAGCUGUGAAAGCAAACACUGGAAAAUGGAAAUCUUCCAUCCUGCUGCUAGUGAACUAUGGACUUGUGACGUGCGCCUUCUUCGGCGUCGGGGUGAACCUGGUGGUGUUCCUCCGGAGGGUGCUUCACCAGGACAACGCCGAGGCUGCCAACAGCAUCAGCAAAUGGACCGGCACCGUCUACAUCUUCUCCCUCAUUGGCGCCUUCAUGAGCGACUCGUACUGGGGUCGCUACAUCACCUGCGCCGUCUUCCAGAUGAUCUAUGUCACGGGCCUGGUGAUACUGUCACUCACGUCGUGGUUCCUGCUGGUGAAGCCGUCAGGGUGUGGCGAUGAGGAGACUGCCUGCGACCCGCCAUCGACAGCCGGCGUCGCGCUGUUCUACCUGUCGACAUACAUGAUCGCGUUCGGCAACGGCGGGUACCAGCCGUCAAUCGCGACGCUAGGCUCGGACCAGUUCGACGAGACGGACCCGGUGGAGGCACGCUCCAAGGUGGCCUUCUUCAGCUACUUCUACCUGGCGCUCAACGUGGGUUCCCUCUUCUCCAACACGGUGCUGGUAUACUACGAGGACGCCGGCCAGUGGGUCAUGGGAUUCUGGGUCUCGGCCGCCGCCGCCGCUCUGGCGCUCGUGCUCUUCUUCCUCGGCACCCCCAACUACCGCUACUUCAAGCCCAGCGGCAACCCGCUCACCCGCAUCGCGCAGGUGCUCGUCGCCGCGUCCCGCAAAUGGAGUGCCGACGCGCCCACCCGCGGCGAUAUUCUCCACGAGCUGGACGGCGACGAGUCGUACAGGGACGCCGGUAUCAGGAAGAUCCUGCAUAGUGACCAGCUCAGGUAUCUCGACAAGGCGGCGACAGUGACCGAGGAGGAGUACCGCAAUCCGGAGAGCUUGAAAAACCCUUGGAGGCUCUGCACGGUCACGCAGGUGGAGGAGGUGAAGUGCAUCCUCAAGAUGCUGCCCAUCUGGCUGUGCACCAUCGUCUACUCGGUGGUGUUCACCCAGAUGGCGUCGCUGUUCGUGGAGCAGGGCACCACCAUGAACACAAAUAUCGGGUCGUUCCACGUGCCGGCGGCGAGCAUGUCGGUGUUCGACAUCCUCAGCGUGCUGGCAUUCAUCGCCAUCUACCGGCGUGUGCUGGUGCCGGUCAUGGCGAGGCUGUCCGGGAACCCGCAGGGCUUGACGGAGCUGCAGCGCAUGGGCGUCGGGCUGGUGAUCGGCAUGGCGGCGAUGGUGGUGGCGGGCGUGGUGGAGGUGGAGCGGCUCAAGCGAGUGCCCCCGUCCGCGUCGGAUCAGCCGAGCUCCCUGAGCGUGCUGUGGCAGGUGCCACAGUACGCUCUGAUCGGGGCGUCGGAGGUGUUCAUGUACGUGGGGCAGCUGGAGUUCUUCAACGGGCAGGCGCCCGACGGCGUCAAGAGCUUCGGCAGCUCACUGUGCAUGGCGUCCAUUUCGCUUGGGAACUACGUGAGCAUCAUGCUCGUCAGCGCGGUGACCAGCCUCACCGCCGGAGACAGGAGACCCGGGUGGAUCCCGGGGAACCUCAACUCCGGCCACCUCGACAGGUUCUACUUCCUCCUCGCGGGGCUCUCGCUCGUCGACCUGGCCGUGUACGUGGCGUGCGCGAUGUGGUACAAGGGCAUCAACCUCGACAGCAACGAACACAGGGGGAAAGUGUCCGUGCACGUUUAG